AUGGCUUUCCAUGUGGAGGGGCUGGUGGCCAUCGUUGUAUUCUACCUGGCGAUCCUGGCGGUUGGGAUAUGGGCUGCUUGGAAAACCAAGAACACCGGCAGCGAAGGAGAUCGCAGCGAAGCUAUCAUAGUCGGUGGAAGAGACAUUGGCUUGCUAGUUGGUGGAUUUACAAUGACCGCCACAUGGGUUGGAGGAGGUUACAUCAACGGGACAGCAGAAGCCGUGUAUGUCCCAGGCUACGGUCUAGCUUGGGCUCAGGCACCUAUUGGGUAUUCCCUUAGUCUGGUUUUAGGUGGCCUUUUUUUUGCAAAACCCAUGCGAUCCAAAGGCUAUGUGACAAUGCUUGACCCUUUUCAGCAGCUUUAUGGAAAAAGGAUGGGAGGACUACUGUUUAUUCCAGCUUUAAUGGGAGAAAUGUUUUGGGCUGCUGCCAUCUUCUCUGCCUUAGGUGCCACUAUAAGUGUGAUCAUUGACAUUAAUGUCAAUAUUUCAGUCAUUAUUUCUGCCCUGAUUGCAACUAUGUACACGCUUGUGGGUGGGCUUUAUUCUGUGGCCUACACUGAUGUAGUUCAGCUCUUCUGCAUCUUUCUGGGACUGUGGAUCAGCGUACCCUUUGCUAUGUCCCACCCUGCAGUGACAGACAUUGGGCUUACGGCCGUGCACCAGGUGCACCAAGCACCUUGGCUUGGAUCUGUCAACUCACUUGACGUUUACACAUGGCUGGACAAUUUCCUUUUACUG